AAAAUAAGAAAAAUAAUAAGUCAAACUUUUAGAGGAAACUCUAAAAACCAAAAGUGCACUUUCCACAAACUCAAAAGAUACAACCAACAGAACUCGAAAUCUAGUACGCCUGAGUGGGAAACACCGAAUCCAAAUCAUUACCCGAUUCCAUAAUGAAGCACAAGCUUCUGCUGCUGUUCCUUGCUGGAGCGGCUUUGCUCCUGGCCAAUGGAGUUCGGGGACAACAUGAGGACAUUCCGUACCAACCAGUGACCAACAUCUGCCAGACGUGCCUGUGCCUGACCAGUCAGGACGGGGAUCAUCGGACGCACUUCAACUUGGACUGCUCGGUGAGGAAUUUCGAGCACAUACUGGCCCGCUGGCCGGAGCAGUUUGGAAGCCAGGCGAUUGCGUCCGGAGCUGCAUCGGAGAUUGUGGUCUCGUACUCGGGCAAUAGGAUCAAGUUGCUCCAACAGCUGCCGGCCACGAAUGCCAGCUUAACUCUCUCCUGUCGGCACUGUGGUCUGCAGGAUCUGCAGGCUCCCCUCUUCAUGGACGUGCCCAAUGUGGAGGCCCUAUACAUCAGCUGGAAUGAGCUCUCUGACGAUGCCUUAGUUCCGGAUCUCUUCAGGGGUCCAUUCCGCAACACCCGCUAUGAGCCGAUUGGUUUGCGCGACCUGGACUUGAGUCACAACCGCAUAACUCGACUGGAUCGCCGCCUUUUCGAGCACACUCCUCACUUGACCAAGCUGAACUUGGCCUACAACAAACUGAGUGCCCUGGAUGAAGCCACCACAGCCUCCAUUGCAUCGGUUGCCACACUGCAGCGACUGGACCUCUCCCACAAUGGCUUGUUGUCUCUGCCAGCACAGCUUUUUCCAAAGCUCACAAGCCUCCGUUUCCUGGACGUCUCCGGAAAUGAGUUUGCCACUGUGCCUGUCAGCUUGCAGCAGCUAGGAAAGUCUUUGGUUCAACUCAACUUGGCUGGAAAUGCCUUUCUCAGCUUGAAGGAGAAUAGUCUACAGGGCUUAGUUUCCCUAAAACGGCUGAAUAUAAGUAGCAUGCCAUCCCUACGAAGCCUGGAGAAGGGAGCUUUGAACUUGCCUGCCUUGGAGCACCUGGAUUGCUCUAGGAACUCCAAGCUGGAGCGCUUGGAGCUGGCCGAUCUGCUAAGCAGUCGGAAUUUGUCGCAGUUGGACUUGUCCAGGAAUGCACUGAGCACCCUGGUUCUUAAUGCCACCGGUUCUAGCAAUAGCAGUAGUAAUUCUACGAGCGAGCCCUGGCCACGCCUUCGCCGCUUGAGCAUCUCCGGAAAUCCCUGGUAUUGCAGCUGCGAACUGUUCAAAGCCCUGGAGCUAACUGGACUGACUCACAUCGACCGGGAAUGGGAUGGAACCGAGGCGCGGUGUGAAACACCAUACCUUCUGGCCGGAUCACCGCUCUCCAAUUUGACAGCCGAACGGAUCUGCAAAAUGGUGAUACCCAAGAAAUAUCGCGAGGUGGACGAGGAGCCGCCGCGAUUCCUGCGGCGCCGCUAUAUAAUACUCACCGCCAUUAUAGCCAGCAUUGUCCUGGUAAUUGGUCUGGUGAUCGGAUUCGUCGUGGUCUGUGUGCGUCGACGGCUCAAGGGCAGUGAUUACGGAGUACAGCCCAUCCGGUACACCAGCGUGAGGGGUAGCAAUCUGUCGCAGUUCUCGCAGCUGCAACCCGCUUCUGUGGCCAGCAAGUUCAAUAAUGUCCACGCCGGGAGCAGCAGUGGUGUGACCACUGGUGCUGCCAAUGCCUAACUCGGUGUUGAAAUCCUAAUUCGGUUCACAUACCGAGCCAGCUGCACAAGAUUCGAG